AUGUCGGAUCAGGAGCGAUCACGAAACGGUGACCAGGGGGAGGAGAUGGAGGAGGGGGAGGAGAAGGAGGAGGGGGAGAAGAAGGAGGAGGGGGAGAGGGACAAGGAUGAGGAAGAAGCAGAGCAGGAGGAGGAGGUCACAGGAGGAGAGAAGAAAGAUACAGACGCCGACAGAGAGAAAGGAGAGGCGGAAACAGGACCUGUUGCGGCAGGCGAGAAUUCGAACAUGGCGGAGAGUGAUCGGGAUGAAGAAGGAGAGGUCAAAGGUGACGAGGAAGACGACAAGAGAGAUUAUCCUGGGGAGCCACACGACGUGAACUUGAAGGUGAUGGCAGUCAGACUCUGCUCGAAGCUGAGCCAAAGAUUGCAGCCGGAAGAGAAUCAGAGCCAAGCUCGUGCUACGGAGGAUCAAAAUAAUGCAGCAGGAACUGAGAAGUGUGAGGAGGAGGACGAGGACGAGGAGGAGGACGAGGACGAGGAAGGCGACGAGGAUGAAGAUGAUCAAGAAGACGGAGACAGCUUGGGGGGUGAUGACGAAGAUGAUGAUGAAGAGGAAGAGGAACCCCGUCUAAAGUACCAGCGGCUUGGGAACAGCGUUUCUGAUAUCUUGAAACGAGAAUCUGCAAGUGCCGUUCGCUUGCAUGACAAGUUCUUGGCGCUGGGGACAGCAGAAGGAUGGAUCUACAUCUUGGACUUCGAUGGCAAUGAGAUUCGGCGGUUCGGAGCACACACGGCGGUAGUGAACGACUUGAGCAUCGACCGCGCUGGAGAAUUCAUUGCAAGCUGCUCUGAUGAUGGGACGGUCGUCAUCAACGGGCUCUUCAGUGCAGAAUGUGAAAGCUUCACUUACCAGCGGCCCGUGAAGUCCCUUGCACUCGACGCCAAGUUUUCGAGAAAGGGGAAUCGUCACUUUGCCAGCGGCGGUCUGGCGGGACAGCUGCUGCUCAACGAGAAGGGAUGGUUCACGAGCAAAGACAAGGUCAUCCAUGCUGUCUACUCGAUCGCUUGGGCAGACUCGCUUAUCGCAUGGACCAACGACGUCGGUGUGAAGAUCUUCGAUAACGCGACCAAUCAAAGGAUCACCUACAUCGACAGACCCAAGGGAUCUCUUCGACCGGAUGCGAUGAAGUGCCACCUCUGCUGGGAGACUAACAACACCCUCCUCAUCGGCUGGGCGGAUUUCGUCAAGAUCGCUCAGGUCAAAGAGCGACCAGCUCGCGACGGCAUGCAGGCGGCCAAGUACGUCGAGAUCAUCGCGUUCUUCCAUACCGAUUACUUCAUCAGCGGACUCGCUCCCAUGGGUGAGAACCUGGUGAUCCUCGCGUACAUCACGGAGGAGGAAGGGAAGUCGAAGGGGCAGGCUGAAAGACCCGAGCUGCGUAUCGUGACAAGGAACAACGACGAGCUGUCGUCAGACGCGCUCUCCAUGCACGGAUUCGAGAAACUGACAGCAAAAGAUUAUCACCUGGCGUUCUUGGAAUCAGAUUCAGUUUUCUUCAUCGUCUCCCCACGAGACAUCGUGGUGGCGCGACAGCGAGACUUCGACGAUCACGUCACAUGGUUGCUCGAUCGGAAGCUCUUCGAACAGGCGGUCACUGAAGCUGAGGAGAAGGCGAGUGUGUUGAAGCGACACAAGCUCCAAGACAUCGGGGAGAAAUAUCUCGGUCAACUUAUUGAGGCUCGAGAGUUCCAAAAAGCUGCUUCGCUCUGUCCCCGUUUGUUGAGGGACAACGGCUCGCUAUGGCACAAGUGGGUGGACGUCUUCUGCAAGAUCCACCAGCACGCCGUCAUCACCCCGUUUGUGCCUCUGAGAAGCCCCCAGCUCCACAUGGAGAGCUACACGACUAUCCUGAUGUGCUUCCUCGAGGCCGACCCUCCCGCCCUCCUGCAACUCCUACACGAGUGGCCGCACUCGCUCUACGACGUGCAGAAGAUGAUCGACGCGGUCAAGGCGAGGGUGGCGAAGAUGCCGGAAGAUGGGACGCUGCUACAAUCCCUGGCUCGUCUGUCAGUCAGUGCGGGCAAGUACAACGAGGCUCUGGACAUCUUCCUCAGACUGCGAUGUUCAGAGGAGGCGUUCGACCUCAUCGAGAAGUUCGACCUCUACUCGUUCGUCAAGGGGAAAGUUGCCUCCCUCGCCAAGUUCGACGAGGAUCGGGCGGUCAAGAUGCUCGUCGGGUGUCCCGAUCAGAUUUCUCCCUCCUACGUGGUGGAGCAGCUGCGGGACAAGAGGAGCACCCUCCACGCCUACCUCGACGCUCUCUUCGACAAGGACCCUCGCGCUGGCGCAAACUUCCAUGAGCUGCAGAUCGAGCUGUACGCAGACUUCGACAAGUCGAAGCUCCUCUCCUUCUUGUCUCAGAGCAACAACUAUCGCUUGGAGAACGCCCUCAAGCUCUGUGAGAACAGAAAGCUCUACCCGGAGAUGGUCUUCGUGCUCGGUCGGAUGGGCAACACUCAACAGGCUUUGCGGCUGCUGCUCGAGCAGAUGCAGGACGUUCCCAAGGCGAUCGAAUUUUGCCAAGCGCAGGCUCAGAGGAGGGCGACGAGGAUCGACGGGAGGGUGAGUAUGAGCAGGAGGGAGGAGCGGACGCGAUGCUGUUUGACAGGAGCGUCGCUGACGGGAGAUGCGAGCGGGAGGAUCUUGUGGCCAUACCCGGACCUGGAGGCAGCGCUGAUCGAUCACUGCUCGGACCCUCUCAACAUGCAGGCGCUCAUGGGCGCCGGCAAGAGCGGGAAGCUACAGGAGGGGGCGAGUGGAGGAGGUCAAGCGCCAGGGGUGAAGGGGACGGGGACUGGAGGAGAUGGAGCAGCAGCAGCGAGGAUUAUCUUUCAGAAGGGCUUUCAGAUCAAAGACAAGAGUCUGUACAAAGAUGGCAUGUUGCAUGGAAGGGAUUGGUGA